AUGGCUUGGGCUCAUAGCCUUGCGCGCAGAUUCCUGCCGGUAUUCCGCUCCGCUCCCAUCAUGAGCUCGGGGCCCUUCCAGCUUCGCCUCCUUUGUUUGGUGGCGCUCUUCCCUUCGUUGGUGGCCCUGUGCCCAGAGACCUGUACCGCCUCCGGUGGUGUGCAAUCUCCCUGCAGAUACUACAAGGAUGGCAAUUGCACCAUCGAUGUGGUCCGCAGCCCGAACCGGGUGAGCGUUCAGGAUAUCAACAUCGCGGUCAUCGGCCCCUACCACGGAAGCCUCGGUGACAAGAUGACCGAGACCGAACCACUUCUGGCCAUGGCAGCUCAGGAGAUUGAGGACAGCAACUUUCUGCCCGGUUACCGCGUCAAUGUCCACCUCACGAACUCGGGGUGUGAAGAGGCGCUGGGAACAGUGGCAACAGUCGAAGCCUUCACUCGUGGACCUAAGAAACACGCCAUUGUUGGCUGUGUGUGCAGCACAGCCUGUUCCGCGAUCAGCGACGCCGCGCGCCUCUUCAAUGUCCUGAGCGUGUCACCUGGAUGCGAAAACCCGCACCUCAGCGACCGGACUCGAUACCCGUAUCUUACGCGGAUGACGCCUUCAGACCGCUUCAAGGUCCGGCCGGUCUAUGAGCUCAUGAAGUUGUUCGGCUUCAAGCGUGUUGGGGUCAUGGAUGGCCACGAGUGGACAAAUGGUGCCAAGGCCUCGUUUCUCGAGCUGCUACAGCGGGACAUCGACGCCGGCACAUAUGACUGGACGAUCUUGCUCAACAGAAAUGUGCAGACUCCGGAAGCUGCCAUCAGCACAGCGGAGGAGGUUCUCGCACGCGACUCGAAGAUCAACCUCAUGGUGCUUCCGGAGUUCACCGCCAUGUGGAUGAUGUGUCAGUUCUACUUGCGGAACAUGCUCCCUCCGGACUAUGUGUGGUUUGAAGCCGCGUUCGGGAACUGGGUGAACGGACUGCCGACCACAUGGGCAGGAAGGCCAGAAUGCCCAUGCACUGCCGAGCAGCUCUUGAGGGUGUCUGGCGGGCUAAUUGUCAUCGGCAGAUCGCCCAUCCAGAGUACCAGUGCAGUGCAUGGUUUGUCGGGCCGCGUGUUGUCAGACAUCUCCGAUGAGUACAACCUUCGAUGUCAACAGUUUGCAAAUGGACAAGGUGCUUGCGAUGAUUUGUUCACGGGCUACUUCUACGAUUCGCUGUGGCAUUUGGCCGGCAUGCUUCACACCUACCUGAUCGAGCAGAACAAUUCCCUGGCAUCCGUUGGGACGGUAGAAUCUCAGCAGGCCUUGUUCAACUUGUCCGUGCACAUGGACUACAUGGGGUUGACAGGUCGGGUACGCCAAUUCAACAGUAUCGAGCCGACCACCAUCCCACCUUCGUUCGGUGACCGCGAUGGUGUGCAGCUAAUCCGUCAAAGCCAAGGUGGGCUUGGGAGCGAGUUCGUCCAGUUGGGUCUGUGGACAAGUGAUGGGUUUACAUGGUUGAGGGAUGUGAUCUGGAGCCCCAGCGACAGCAGCAAGAGGGUGCCGUGCAGCACCGAGCAGUGCGACUUGGACGACGCAUGGGUACCUGCAGACCGCAUAAGCCAAUGCUAUCCGGGAACCGUUUUCUCAGUGCAGCUUGGCUGCGUUGCUUGUGCACCGGGCCGGUUUGCCGCAGCAGGCAUGGCGGAGUGCCAGCCGUGUGAUGCGGGCACGUUCGCAAAUGACAGCAGCAUGGCAAGCUGCCACCCAUGUAGCGCCGGAAGCUACAGCAAUGUCCUCGGCGCAGAUAGCUGCGAGUCGUGCACCCCAGGGUUCUAUGCAAACGACACUUCCUCCACAGCUUGUGACACGUGCCCCUUGGGUCGAUAUGGGCCACAGAAAGGCCUGGCAGAGUGUGAGGAAUGUCCGCCAGGGCGCACUACCGGGUUCUCUGCUGCCAUCACGGAGGACGCAUGUCAGUGCCAGGGGCACUUGUACCAGGGGCAAUGCAUAGUGUGCCCUGGCACCUCUCGCUAUGAAGAGGGCCAGUGCAUCGGCUGUGGAGAGGGGCUAAUAUGCAAUGGCAGUCGCACCGCCGACAUCGUGAGCGGAUAUUUCAGUGAGGCGACUUCCCCUUUCAGUGUCUACAAGUGUCUUCCCGGUAAGACUUGUCCAGGCGGUUUGCCAGGCACUUGUGUCGAUGAAAUUGUAGGGGUACCAUGCACUCGCUGCCCGGAUGGCAAGUCCUGGGACACCGACGGCUGCGAGGAAUGCACGGCACUCAGCUUGGCGGGAUGGGUUUUUGCUGCCCUCUUCGGCAUGGCGUCCGUCCCCACGCUCUACUACAUGAUGAAUAUGAAGCAGGCUAGCAUGAUGGCAACCUCCUGCGCGCUGGCCAUGACCGUUUGCAUGGUGCAGAAUAUUGGAAUCGUGGGCUACAUAUCGUUCUCGUGGCCGUCUGAGCUUCAGUGGAUGUUCGAUCUCAGCAUCGUCUUCACUCUCGACUUAAAGGCCGUUGGGUUCGAUUGCGUCUCGAGCUCACCAGUGUCCGGCUACAUGAUCUCUUCUGCCAUGCUGCCAUGCGCUCUGGUGUGGCUGCUCAUCUGCAAUUUCCUGAGCCGUCUUUUGCCAACCCGUUGGCGUUUCGAGAGCGGCAAGCUCAUCUCCACCGCGGGCCAGUUCAUCCAGGUCACCUUCACCAUCUACAGCAAGGUCGCGCUGUCGCCCAUGAUGUGCUACACCCAUCCGAAUGGCAAGAGCGGCAUGCUUGAGCACAAUGGCAUCUUCUGCUUCGAGAGUGAAGAGCACACGCCCAUGUUCCUGGUCGGACUCCUCCUCCUCGGCGGGAUGAUCAGCUUCUACAGCUUAGUGAUUGUGGCCACCAUUGUGGCGCCGAAGAGAGCAGCUGCAGGCGAUGCCUGGUUUCUCUCCGCCACGCGGUUUUUGAUUUCCCGCUUCCGUACGGACAGCUGGUGGUUUGGAACGUUCAUGCUGCCUCGAGGCCUGUUGUUGUCGCUGUCCAUCGUUGCCGCGGGCGACAGUCCCUAUGUGCAGAUGCUCCUCAUCGUGUCCGUCAUGCUGGGAUACAUGGUGAUGCAGCUCAUCUCGUGGCCGUGGAAGCUCCCUGCCCUAAACGCCUUCGAUGCCCUGAUCAGCAUCUCUCUGAUCUUAAUGAUGGCUCUGUUGGGAGCCUUCGCCCCGGUCUUGAAUAAUGACCAACAGCAGAGGAUUACGACCGCGAUCUUCGGAAUCAUCUUCUUCCUCAACGUCAUGGUGCUUGGAAUGCUCUGUGUCACCGCCUCUGUGCUGAUUCGUGUGAACGUCAUGGGCAGCACGCAGCAGAGCGUGCUGCUGGCGCUUGGCAAGAUUCCGCAACCACUCGUGUUGGGCCACAAGUUCCUCCUUCUCUCCGGGAUGGUCCAGGAGUUGGGAGAAGAGCGCUUUGCAAAGUUGCUCGAGAAUCUUUCCAUCUACGACCAUCGCAUGAUGACAGAGGUCAUCACAGCUGUGGCCUCCGAGGUGGGUGAGGCGGGCUUACUUAUGUCGACGCGUUCGCAGAUGUUGUCCACCUCCUCGGUAUUAUCGAAG